AUGGACCAAGGAUUCUCUGCAAGCCCUCACUUGAGCUUUGCCGAAACGCAGGCUUUUGUGGACUCUUGGAACCAAACCAUGAACCCCGCUCCUCUUCCCGUGCAGAACCAACUCUACCUCCGCCCAUUGCCAGAGCAGCACCACGGUUACAACACCCCUCCUUUGAGUGACCCUGGUGCAUCGUCGCUGCCCAUGGGACCUCCAGGAGGAGCUGGUAACCCUCAGUCAUGUACACUGAACCUUGUCGUGCGAGCAGAGCAUAUGGAGAACAAUAGCCAGAGCUCUGAAACAAACAGCCAGAUCGCUGGUCGACUUGACCGCCUGGGGCGCGAGCUUGCGACUUUUAGCGGUAUCGUAGCGGAUCUGAAGACAAGCCUCAUUCAUCUGGAAGACAAGAUGGAGUCGCAGCGAGCAGCACAUGAGGAGGAAGUGCGCACUUCAAUUGAGAAGAUCAAAAAGGGCAUGGACAAGUUCUUUACUUGCUUUGCGAACCAGUUGGAAAGCGAGAUGAUAGACACGGAGGAACGUAGUGGGUGCAAGGCUGAGGUGGCAAUCAUGUGA